AUGGAGGGGGAGGGCGGCGGCGGUGGCGGCGGCGCGGGCACCAGCGGGGACGGCGGGGACGGCGGCGAGCAGCUCCUCACUGUCAAGCACGAGCUGCGGACCGCCAACUUAACAGGACAUGCAGAGAAGGUGGGAAUUGAAAAUUUUGAGCUGCUGAAGGUCCUAGGAACUGGAGCUUAUGGGAAAGUAUUUCUAGUUCGCAAAAUAAGCGGUCAUGAUGCUGGAAAGCUGUAUGCCAUGAAAGUUUUGAAAAAGGCAACAAUAGUUCAAAAGGCUAAAACUACAGAGCAUACAAGGACAGAACGGCAAGUUCUGGAGCACAUUAGACAGUCACCAUUUUUGGUGACAUUGCACUAUGCUUUCCAGACAGAGACUAAACUUCAUCUCAUCUUAGAUUAUAUAAAUGGUGGAGAACUUUUUACUCAUCUUUCUCAAAGAGAGCGUUUUACAGAGCACGAAGUGCAGAUCUAUGUUGGAGAAAUCGUGCUUGCCCUGGAACACCUGCACAAGUUGGGGAUUAUAUACCGUGACAUUAAGCUUGAAAAUAUUCUACUUGAUUCUAACGGCCAUGUGGUGCUGACAGAUUUUGGUCUGAGUAAGGAGUUUGUGGCUGAUGAAACUGAAAGAGCCUAUUCUUUUUGUGGAACUAUUGAAUACAUGGCACCAGAUAUUGUCAGAGGGGGUGAUUCAGGACAUGAUAAGGCAGUUGAUUGGUGGAGUUUAGGUGUUCUAAUGUAUGAACUACUAACGGGAGCGUCUCCUUUCACUGUUGAUGGAGAAAAGAAUUCCCAGGCUGAGAUAUCUAGGAGAAUCUUAAAAAGUGAGCCUCCAUAUCCUCAGGAAAUGAGCGCUCUAGCUAAAGACCUGCUUCAGCAUCUUUUGAUGAAAGAUCCCAAGAAGCGAUUGGGAUGUGGCCCCCGGGAUGCAGAGGAAAUCAAAGAACAUCUCUUCUUUGAGAAAAUAAAUUGGGAUGACUUAGCUGCCAAAAAAGUGCCUGCUCCAUUUAAACCAGUGAUCCGGGAUGAGUUAGAUGUGAGUAACUUUGCUGAAGAGUUCACAGAAAUGGACCCUACCUAUUCUCCUGCAGCCCUGCCUCAGAGCUCAGAGAGGCUGUUUCAGGGCUAUUCCUUUGUUGCUCCAUCUAUCCUCUUCAAGCGUAAUGCAGCUGUCAUAGAUCCUCUUCAGUUCCACAUGGGAGCUGAACGCCCUGGAGUGACAAAUGUCGCCAGGAGUGCAAUGAUGAAGGACUCACCAUUCUAUCAACACUAUGAUCUAGAUCUGAAGGACAAACCUUUGGGAGAAGGAAGUUUUUCGAUUUGUCGAAAGUGUGUACACAAAAAAAGUAAUCAAGCAUUUGCUGUCAAAAUUAUCAGCAAAAGGAUGGAAGCCAAUACUCAGAAAGAAAUAACAGCUCUGAAACUCUGUGAAGGGCACCCCAAUAUCGUGAAGCUGCAUGAAGUUUUUCAUGAUCAGCUUCAUACAUUUCUCGUGAUGGAACUUCUGAAUGGGGGAGAGCUGUUCGAGCGCAUCAAGAAGAAGAAGCACUUCAGUGAGACUGAAGCCAGCUACAUCAUGCGGAAGCUUGUCUCAGCUGUGAGCCACAUGCAUGACGUUGGAGUAGUGCACAGAGAUCUGAAGCCUGAGAAUUUAUUGUUUACUGAUGAAAACGACAAUCUAGAAAUUAAAGUAAUUGACUUUGGGUUUGCACGCCUCAAGCCACCUGACAACCAGCCCCUCAAAACCCCGUGCUUCACCCUUCACUAUGCGGCACCAGAGCUCCUGACACACAAUGGCUAUGAUGAAUCCUGUGACUUGUGGAGUUUGGGUGUCAUCUUGUAUACAAUGCUGUCAGGACAGGUACCAUUCCAGUCUCAUGACAGAAGUUUAACCUGUACCAGUGCGGUAGAAAUCAUGAAGAAAAUUAAAAAGGGAGACUUCUCCUUUGAAGGAGAAGCAUGGAAGAAUGUGUCCCAAGAGGCUAAAGAUUUAAUUCAAGGACUUCUUACAGUUGAUCCAAAUAAAAGGCUGAAAAUGUCUGGCUUGAGAUUCAAUGAAUGGCUUCAGGAUGGCAGUCAGCUGUCCUCCAAUCCUCUGAUGACUCCAGACAUCUUGGGAUCGUCAGGAGCUGCUGUGCACACCUGUGUGAAAGCAACCUUUCAUGCCUUUAACAAAUACAAGAGAGAAGGGUUUUGCCUUCAGAAUGUGGACAAGGCCCCUUUGGCUAAGAGGAGGAAGAUGAAGAGGACAAGCACCAGCACAGAGACGCGCAGCAGCUCCAGUGAGAGCUCCCGCUCAUCAUCCUCCCAUUCCCAUGGCAAAACAACACCCACCAAGACGCUGCAGCCCGGCAACCCCACAGACAGCAGUAACCCAGACACCCUCUUCCAGUUCUCGGACUGAGUGCCGUGGGAAUGGAAGGCUGUCCUGACUGACCCUUGCACCUUAGUUCCCUCGGCAUGUGCCUGAGGUAUGUUCUGUGCUUUAAAAAGAUGUCUCCCAUUGUUCUCAUUGGAAUCUGCCUCUUGAUGAAUUUUUUUUUUCGGGGAAACCUGUUUGGUUAUCCUUAUCCAAAAGCACUGGACAGACAGCAUUACUGUGAAUAGAGGACACAUGAUACUUUUUAGCCGACUAGCAUGAUGCCAGCUCAAGAUUCUUCUUGAAACAGCAGAGGUGUCUGUAAUUUUAGUGACUGGUUAGAUAAGUCACAGAUUUCCACACGUCUGUCAAGAAGACUUGAUGACUUCUGCUAUGCCCGGUGGACAAGGUUUUUAAGAGACUGCACCCUUUGGGUAGUGAUUUUUCUCUGAAAACAGAGGAAAAGGUCUGUUUUCGAAAAAGAUGCUAUAAUGAAUUUUAUGCGUGGCUUGUUUCUUAAAAGAGAAUUUUAACUUAUUGUUUUUAUUUUAUGGUCAUAUAUGCUGAUAACCUGCUAUUAUUAAUCUUUUUCUAAAAAGUGAAAAAAUAUUUAAGAACCUAAGGUCCUGUGUUCUGCACUUGGGACCAUCUGAGCUGCAUGCUAAGCUAUGUUUGUUUUUAAUUUUGCACUGCUCUUUCCUGGCAGUUUGUUUUAAUGGCUAUUGCCAGAAUUAAGGUACAUGUCUCUUGGUUUUAUGUAAUAUAGCACUUUAUAAAAUAGUGUGAGUAUUGCAGUCUGUCUUAUAAGGUGCACUGUUUAAAGCAUAUGUACUGUACUUUGCCAUUCUUUUUAUUAUCUAAUUUGUCCUCACAUCCCUCUUCUGCUUUCUAUGCAGCAAGUGGAAAGGGACAUGUUGUAUAAUGACUCAUUAGCCACUUAUGCACCAAUAUGAGGAGAAGUAAAGGGAAAUUAUACUCAACACUGUGCUUCAUAUCUGUACACUGUGUUGCGCUACAGCGAGGUCUUUUCUCCUGUAGUCAUAUAUUAUGUACAUAAUAUUUUAGAACCAUACCUAUACUUGUUUUGAAAUGUUUCUGUUAAAUUUUAAAUCCACAAAGCGUUUUAUAACUUAUGCAGAGCACUUUUAUUGCUCAAAAGUUCUGAAUUGAUACAGAUAAGUGCUAUGCCAUGAAGACAUUUCACUGAAAGACUGCUGCAUUUUACAAUUAAUACAAACUAAUUAACUCCCUAUGCAAAAAAAGAAAUUACAAGAUUCGUAUUUUUUUCUUUAAAGCCAUUACAUGGAAUGUCAGGACUGAGAAAAAUGAUCUUUGCUAUGUUUACAAGAAUCAUGCUUAAAAAGAUACUGCCACCAUGUUUACUUUACAGUUUUGUUAGUGAUAACUCAUCAGCAUUAGUUUGGAAUUUGGACAUGAUACCUAUUUCUUUCUUAAGGUAAUAGCAGCAUUAAUUUCAACCAGUGAUGAGUACUGAAAACACUGAAUUCUGUGUAAUGGUAGUAUAUUUAUUACUAAAUCAAUGUAUAUAUUAAUAGUAUGGGCAACAAAAUGGCAAAUAUUAAAAUAUUUUCAAAAAUUA